AUGCAGACCAAAGAUCUCGCUGGUCUCCUUGGAAAAGACGUCCUUCGGGAACUUCUCUACGCUCAUGGCAUCAAGCAUAUCUUCGGAUACCCCGGUGGUGCUGCUCUUCCUCUGUUCGACGGGAUCUACAAAUCCAAAAUCGACUUCAUCCUCUCCCACCAUGAACAAGGCGCUGGCCACAUGGCCGAGGGAUAUGCCAGAGCAAGUGGCAAACCGGGCGUUGUCCUCGUCACCUCUGGCCCUGGCACUUCGAAUGUCGUGACUCCUAUGCUGGACGCCCUCCUGGAUGGAACGCCGAUGGUGGUAUUUUGUGGUCAGGUUUCCACGUCUGUCCAGGGCACCAGGGCCUUUCAAGAGAUCGACGUGGCGGCGUUGAGCAAGCCAUGCACCAAGUGGAGUGUCUGUGUUAAUAAUAUUCAUGAUCUGCCUGGUUCUAUCGAUGAAGCGUUCAGGAUUGCGAGGGAUAAACGACCUGGGCCUGUCUUGGUAGCCGUUCCCAAGAAUAUCGGAGAAGCGGUCUAUAUACCUGAUAUACUACAGCCAUCUCUCUGCAAGGAGGUUCACUCCAGAGUGGGUAGUCCAAACGGCAUUGUCAAUUUGCACGACACCAUCGACCGUAUUGCGGACCUUGUCAAUACCGCUGAACGACCCGUUAUCUGCGCUGGCCAGGGAGUGCUGAAUGCCAGUAAUGGACCAUCCCUUCUAGCUAGUCUAGUUGACAAAGCGCACAUUCCCGUCACCACGACUCUACUCGGCCUUGGUUGUUUCGACGAGACUCGCGAUGAGGCUUUGCAAAUGGUUGGAACGCACGGAACACCGUACGCCAACUAUGCUAUCCAGAAUGCCGAUCUUGUCAUUGCACUGGGCGCCAGACUAGAUGAAAGAGCCGUGGGAAAUGCAGGCGGAUACGCACCCAAGGCUAGAGAGGCUGCACACCGGGCGACUGGAGGAAUAGUUCAGUUCGAUAUCAGUCUUGAAACAGCAGGGAAGGUGAUCACAGCGGACGAGACGGUGGUUGGUGAUCUGGCCGAGACGCUGCCUAUCCUUCUCUCUCGCGUACACGAUGAUAAUAAACGAACAGCCUGGUUCAAUCAGAUCCGCUACUGGAAACACACCCACUUCCCCAGCAUUCCCACGAAUAAAGGCACACACUGUCUCCCCCAGCAGAUUGUGAUCGAAUUAGACCGCCAGCUGCAAUCGCUCGAUCAGCAGACCAUCGUCACCACCGGCGUGGGCCAGCAUCAAAUGUGGGCGGCUCGCUUCCUCCAAUGGCAUCGUUCGCAUAGCAUGGUCACCUCGGGGGGUCUGGGAACGAUGGGCUUCGGUCUUCCAUCCGCGAUUGGUGCCAAAUUAGCCAAUCCAGACAAGAUGGUGGUGAACAUCGACGGGGAUGCCUCGCUGGGCAUGUCACUGCAGGAAUUCUCCACGGCAGCACAGUAUAAUAUCGCCGUCAAGACCAUCAUAUUCAAUAACGGGCAACAGGAGAUGGUAGCACAGAUGCAGAAAGCAGCUUACAAUGGCCGGGUGUGUUUUGUGCACCAGCAGAACCCGGAUUUCGUGAUGCUGGCGAACAGCGUGGGGAUUCGGGGGAUACGAUGCACGACGGCCAGGGAACUGCCCAGUUGCAUCCAGUGGUUACUGCAGAGCGAGGGACCGGCGGUGCUGGACGUGACGACGGACGAGACGGAGAUGGUGCCUAUCGUGGCAGGUGGACAGGCAUUGGACUGCAUGGUGUUGAACUGA